AUGGGCGAACCGGGCGUUAAAUUACCUGCCGUCAUGACAAAUAAAAACCAUGCACGAGAAAGAGUAGGAGACGGAGAAGCGGGCGGAUCCAAGGGGACAGGAGGUGGGUUGGCAGAGCCCCAAGGAGAGACCCGAUACGAGGAAGUAGGGAGGGGCAAGGGCGCAGACCAGCCCGAGACCCGAGCGACGUCCCGCGACAAUGUUCGCGUUUUCAUGGGACGAAGAGUGGACGACCGGCAGCAGAUGGUCGCCAAAAAGAACAAGGCGGGACCAGCCUCGUUCAAGGCUGGAACAGGGCAGGCCGCGGUUAAGACAAGGCCUAGGCGGCAGGUAUCACCGGCGAUGUCGAUCGACGGUUCAGAUACAGAGGCGGAGGUGGAUGUGGUUGGGGCGGAGGCCGAUAAGGACUCCUUAAGCUCGCAAUCAGACACCGGCUACAUAAUUGAGAUGAUGGAUGGGAGAAAACGUAAAAGGGGCAGGGGUAGGUUGCCAACGACCGGCGACGGAAUCCUCAAGCGGAAGACGGAGGAGGCUAAACUCCGAGUCCGGAAACUCCGAGAGGAGGAGAAGCUGCUGAAGAGGGUUCUGGAUCCUGAAGUCCGUCCCCGCUGCACAACACCAGAGGCUGAACUGGUGAGACAAAUGGAGGAGAUGCCCGCGGAACAAAUAGGAGCGGACAUGAUGAACUACGCCGACAAAGUGGUCAAAGUAGCAGUGGGCUCAAAACACCUUAAAGGUACAUUUGUAAAAGAGCUCAAGGAGAGUGCGAAGGGAAUAAGAGCUGCGGCAAGGGCCCUCACCACGAAGGCCACAAGACUAGAGGACGGCAGGGACAGGGCGGAGAUGGACUCUCUCAGGAGGAAAGUCAGGUCCCUAGAGAACCAAGUCUCGGAGCUGACCCGAAAACUCCGAGCCCAGGAGAAGGGAACAUCCACAUUCACGGAGGAAGCCAGACACGUGGCGCUACCGGAUGAGGAGGAGGAGGACGAUUUCCCGGUUCUCAGGCCCAGACUGAGAGGGGAUAGAAGGCGACUAGAGGAUCCGCCACUAGAGGAUGCAAUGGAGAACGUAAGGAGGGUCAUGGAAGGCGUCUCCAUCGAAGCGGUGUUAACUGGUAACCCGCAAGAGGUCAAGACCAAAUUGGAGAAUUUGGCGGCGAGGUGCACAGGUGUCAUGGUCGGACUACCGAGUGCCAGCAAAGCCGGGGACGCGAAUGCGGGCGCUCUGGAAACGACUCCGACGGAGACAACGGCGCCGGACAAGACUCCGAUGGACAAGGGAGGAAAACUACCGACCAUCGUCAGUAUGAAGGUGGUAAAAGAGGCGAAAGACGGGAAAACCGCGCGUAAGACCCCCCGAGACCGUUCAAGAUCAGGAGCGGAGGGAAAACCAAGGACGGGUGAGAUCUCCAAGAAUGCAAGGCCAACCGCGACGUCGACGAGCAAGGCAGCAGGCAGUGAGAACACGAAGCAGCCUCUGCCUCAGAGACAGCCAAGAGGGGGUGCACCACCAACCUAUAACACCCCAUGGACGGAGGUGGUGAGAAAGGGUAGGAGAAACAAGGACGCCAAGUCAGCCUCCCAACCAGCACCCGCGGCAGCGGGCCCUGAGCGAGUGCCCAAGACGGGGACGGCGCCCCCGACUGGGAAGGCAAGCGGGGGUAAAAACGGAGGAGAGGCGCGGAAAGAUACAGGGACCCGGAACAACGGCAGCAAGAGGAAGACUCCGAGGACGGCCGCGGUGUCUUUGACGUUCCCAGAAGGGAGGUACGAGGAGGGGCUCCGCAUGAUCAGAUCCAAGGUCAAACUAGAGGACAUUGGAAUAGAGGAAGUAAGGCCCAGAAGAGGGCUCACUGGUGCGCUUAUUUUAGAAAUCCCAGGGGAGAAUGCGCACCCCAAGGCGGACACCCUGGUACAACGUAUCAGGGAGGUGGUAGGGACCACGGAGGGGGUAAGGGUGACGCGCCCCGUCAAGCUGGCGGAACUCCGGAUAAAGGAUCUGGAUGACUCCGUCAGUCAAGAGGAAGUGCGGGAGGCAGUUGAAAGGGCUGGGUUGUGCCCGGGCCAGGACGUCAGGGUAGGUCCAAUUAGGAGGGCCACCAAUGGCCUUGGCGCGGCGUGGACCCAGUGCCCCCUGGAGGCGGCGAAGCGGGUGGCAGCACUCGGCCGUUUGAGGAUCGGGUGGGUCUCGGCCCGGGUAGAUUUACUCGAGGCGAGACCGCUCGUGUGCUACAGGUGCCUCGAGCGGGGUCACGUCCGUGCGCAAUGCCGGAGUAAGGUGGACCGCUCGGGCGCCUGUUAUAGGUGUGGGAUGGAGGGACACAAAUCAGCCGAGUGUUCCUCUAAACCCAGCUGUAUCGUGUGCAAGGGCAGGGGACUGCCUGAUGCGCACAAGGCAGGGGGAAACGCCUGCCCGCCCGUCUCCAAGAGGGCGAUAAAAAGGAGGAAACAGGAGGAGAGACGACUGGCAGUCCCGACCCAGGAGCCACGCUCGCUGAUGGAGGUGGAGAAAGGGAAAGAAGGGUCCCUGGAAUGGGACCACUCGGAAACUCCGCGGCUUGGAGGAAGCCGCCGAGACGGCGCCUUCACGCGACUAAGAGCGCUGCAGGCGAAUCUCAACCACGCCCGCCAGGCGCAGGACCUUUUCCUGCACACCCUGGCGGAGCGUGGUUGCGGAGUCGGCAUAGUGGCGGAGCCGUACAACGUGCCCAAUAGCCCCAACUGGGCCGUGAGUGCGGAUGGCUCAGCUGCCAUCACCUGGCGCAGAACAGGCCCAAGGCACAUUCCCUGGACCAAAGUUAGCGAGGGUGAGGGAUGGGUCCUCGUAGACUGCGACGCUCUGCUGAUAAUGAGCGUAUACCUUCGGCCCAGUCUGAGCAGAGCGGAAGUCGAGGAUAGGCUCGACAGAAUGGAGGGCGAAAUAAGAAGAGUCCUUCCCAGGCCUAUUCUGGUCGCCGGGGACUUCAACGCGAAGUCCGCGGAUUGGGGCUCCCGGCGGCCAGACACGAGGGGGACAGAAGUCGCAGAUUGGGCGGCUAGAUUGGGACUCAAACUGGAGAACCACGGGGGGGUAAGCACGUGUGUAAGGGUGCAAGGUGAGUCUGUAAUAGACCUCACGUGGACGUCUCCAGCAGCGGCAGCAUGGACGGAGAGCUGGAGGGUGUUAGAAGAGGUGGAAACGCUUUCCGACCACCUAUACAUCGAGACGUCCCUAACCAGACUCACUGCGAGAGGGGCCGGGGAUCCGGAGGCUGGCACGCGCGUCCGUUGGGCGGUCAGCAAGCUUGAUCGCGAUGCGCUGCUUGCUAUGCUGAUAGCGGCUAAUUGGGCACGGCCAGGCCCGAUGCGAGACGUGGACGAAGAGGCAGAAAGACUGAGAGAGCUUCUCACUAGGGCAUGCGACGGAUCGAUGCCCAGGGUGAAGUUCUCGCCUAGAAGAAACGCGUACUGGUGGUCGGACGCGAUCGCCGAGCUCAGGAGAGCCUCGAUAAAGAACAAGAGAACUCUGCAAAGGGAAAGGAGGCGUCCGAUCACGCGUGAACGCCUGGAGGCUCUGCUGACAGCCUACAGGGAGAGUCGAGUCGCGCUGAAGCAGGCCAUAAGGAAGGCCAAGGAGAAGGCCUGGUCUGACCUGAUAGAGGCACUCGAUGAGGAUCCCUGGGGAAGGCCCUAUAGGCUAGUUUUGAAGAAGCUGUCCUGUGGAGCCCCCCCGACGGUGGAAUCACUCAGGGUGGAAUUCCUUGACCGCGUGGUGGACACCCUAUUCCCCGUGGCGGCAAGGAGAAGGGGGACCGCUCUUGGCGAGGUGGAGGAUCCGGAGGAAGAGGAGCCUCUGCAGGAGUGGUGCGAGGAAAUGGCCGUGUCAGGGGAGGAGGUAGUUAGGGCUGCGAGAAAGCUCAAAGCCAGGAAAGCCCCUGGGCCGGACGGAAUUCCCGGAGUGAUCUGGAAGAUCGCCACGGAGGAACUAGAGGAGAGGGUAAAGGCACUAUACACACUGUGCCUGAAGGAGCAAAGGUUCCCAAGCAUAUGGAAACAGUCCAGCUUGGUACUAUUGCGGAAGGACGGCAAGCCGGAGGACGCUCCAAACGGCUAUCGUCCGAUAUGCUUGCUGGACGAGGCUGGCAAGACGCUCGAGCGCGUCAUAGCUGCUCGCCUCGUUCAGCAUAUGGAUAGUUCGGGACAUAGGCUGUCGGCGAGACAGUUCGGGUUCCGGGAGGGAAGAUCGACCAUCGACGCGAUCAGGUGCGUCAAAUCCCUCUCGGACCAGGUGGUCGAGGAGGGGGGAGUUGUGGUAGCGGUCGCUGUAGAUGUAGCGAACGCAUUCAACUCCCUCCCCCACGAGGUCAUCAACGAGGCCUUGGUGAAAUUUAGGUUCCCGAGGCCCCUGAUAGGCAUCGUUAGGGAAUACCUCAGGGAUAGGGUGAUUACCUGCAUAGACAGGGGAGGCGCUCGGCGCAGCUGGGCGGCAGGGUGUGGUGUCCCGCAGGGGUCGGUUUUAGGACCACUCCUGUGGGACAUCGCAUACGACGAGGUUUUGGACGCGGCGGUGCCUGCCGGCAGCACCACGGUGUGCUACGCCGACGACACCUUGGUGCUCGCCGGUGGGGACAGUUGGGAGACGGCAGCCGAAAAGGCCAAUCUGGCGGUAGCGUGCGUGGUCAGAUCGAUCAGAGCGCUCGGCCUGACAGUUGCUGUCAACAAGACGGAAGCCGUCUACCUGCACAACGGUUCUCACGGCAGCCCGCCCGACACAUAUCUGAGAGUGGAGGGGACUAAAAUCCGGAUGGGCAAGUCCAUAAGGUACCUUGGACUCCAAAUUGAUGGAAGAUGGCGGUUCGAGGACCACUUCGCGAAGCUGGCCCCCAGGCUGGGGUGUGUAGCCGGCGCGCUUUCCAGGUUGAUGCCCAACCUGGGCGGGCCAAGCUGGAGGACAAGGAGGCUCUACGCAAAUGUGCUCAGCUCCAUCGCGCUGUAUGGAGCACCGGUGUGGGCUGAAGCGUUGGGUCGGAGCGCGAAGGCACGAUCCAUCCUCAACAGAGCCCAGAGAAGGAUGGCCGUGCGCACAAUCAGGGCGUACCGCACGAUCUCGCACACGGCGGCCACCCUGCUAGCGGGAUCCCCGCCGAUAGAUUUGGCGGCAAGGUGUCACGCAGCAGCGUACGAGCGUGUCACGAGGCUCAAGGAGGGCGGCGUCCCCAUAACACCGGGGGUUAGGAGGGUUAUCCGUCUCCGGCUUAAGGACGAAGUGAGAGAGGAGUGGAGGGCUAGACUCUCGGAGCCCAAUAGGCCCGGGAAAAGAACAGUAGAGGCUAUACUGCCGAGGCUGGACGAAUGGCUCGACAGAGCAGGGGCCAAAGCGUCCUUCAGGACGACACAGGUGCUCUCCGGACAUGGUUGUUUCGGGGAGUACCUGUGUCGCAUAGGACGAGACGACGACGCGCGGUGCAGGCACUGCGACGCGGACAGGGACUCGGCGCAACAUACUCUAGAGGAGUGCCCAGCCUGGGAGGAGGAGCGCCGAGUCCUGUCUGACACGAUAGGCGGCGAUCUGUCGCUGGGAGCGGUCGUGGAGGCCCUCGUGAGUGAGGAGGAGGCCUGGGUGGCCUUCUCGGUCUUCUGCGAGAAGGUGAUUUCGCGGAAGGAAGGGGAGGAACGAGUGCGGAGGGGUGAGGUCGAUCCCCCCCCGACGCAACAGGGAGGAGGAGGCGCUCCGCCAAGAAGAGGGAGGAGAGGCGGGCGCAGGGGCCAACCGGCCCAUUUGAGGAACUAAGGCACCGUGCAACCCUAGAUGCAGAGGACACAGAGUUCCAUGACGAAGUGGGGGGCUCGCGUACGGAGGAGGACUGUCGGUCCGAGUCCGGCGAAGCCUUCCCGACACCUUGCCCGUUACGGGCGGGGUGUUUGGCGUCCGGGUCCCGCCGCCGAAUAGGCCCGGGGUAUCCCCUGCCUGGCGUAAGAGGCGUCCUAAAAGGGGAGAGGAGAGGGUAGUAUAGACCCUGGGGGUGGGCACAGCUGAGGACUGUGGCUCACCCUGCCCCCAACACCAACGAGGGGCGCGGCGGGAGGCCCGGUGGCACCCCCGCCGCAACUCGGGAGGAGGUGGCCCUUCUCAGGGCCAGACCCGAGAAGAAGGCCCUUAUUAGGGCCGUGCCCGACCAUUUGGGCCAAGAGGUACGCGAAGACUACGCGUGGCGCGGGGACUGUCGAGCAGUGAUGCGAGCGUGUGCCCUCGACAGUUCCCAAUAGCGCAGAGAAGUCCACCCCCGGUGGUUUUAGUGCGGUAGGCGUCUCCAUUGCACUACUGGUCCCAUGGGUGUCAACUGCCCAGGGACCAGGGAGACGAGUCCCACACACCCCCCCGUCCCUGUCCCAGCAGGGCGGGGGGACGGUCCAUGAGGAUUUCCACCGGGUCAAAAAAAAAAAAAAAAA